AUGCAUUUGUCUCUGGAUACCAUAAACAUGGCGGAUGAUGGCUGCCUCUCAUCAGACAGCUACCACGACCUGGGUAAAGGAGGUGGCUUGGCCAUCGGGGGCCAUGUCCACAGUAUUGACGUCAUUCUGGGUUUCAGUAAGGACCAGGACCCUCUGCUCAGCCCUGUGGGAAAUGUCGGGAGCCAUAAAGUGGAUGGAGAUGUUUUUGGGGAGCAGGGUAAGCAGGUGACCUCUGACCCUUAUGUUCACCUGUCCAGCCUGACUGACAGCUCCCAGCAGCCUGCCUAUCACAACACAGGACUCUUUCCAAGCGAUAAAUGUGAGGGGGACCUUGAAGAUAUCCACCAGCCAGAAGUGGAGAGUGACAGCAGGUCUUCUGAGCCCCAAGAUGAGGACCAACCCAAGAAGAAACACAGACGUAACCGAACUACCUUCACCACAUACCAGUUGCAUGAGCUGGAACGAGCCUUUGAGAAGUCCCACUAUCCCGAUGUGUACAGUCGAGAGGAACUGGCCAUGAAAGUCAAUCUGCCUGAAGUACGAGUGCAGGUGUGGUUUCAGAAUCGGCGUGCAAAAUGGAGACGCCAAGAGAAGAUGGACACCAGCAGCAUGAAGCUUCAUGACUCGCCCAUGCUGUCCUUCAACCGACCUCCCAUGCCAACCAACGUGGGGCCGAUGAGCAACUCCUUACCUUUAGACCCCUGGCUAUCAUCCCCACUCUCCAGUGCCACUUCCAUGCACAGCAUUCCAGGAUUCAUGGGUCCAGGGCAAAGUCUGCAGGCCACCUACACAAGCCACCCGGGCUUUUUCAACACUUCUCCAGGCGUGGUGCAGGGAAUGCAGCCCAUGCCUCCUCCACCAUAUCAGUGUCCACCUGUCUUUAAUGACAAGUAUCCUUUGGAUGAGAUGGACCGCACAACAAGCAUCGCAGCUCUGAGAAUGAAGGCCAAGGAGCACAUUCAGUUCAUGGACAAAACCUGGCAACCCAUGUGA